UCAACAUCCACACGUUCCGCCUGCCGCCAUGAGUCACCAACACCACCAAUGGAUCCCGACUCGACCCCGCAACCUCGUCGUCUGAAGAGGAAGUCAAAAAGCACGUCGUUGCUGGGGCAUGGGACUUCCAUUGAAGUUGCGGGGCAGCGGUUGAAGACGACAGCGGUGUUCGACACCUUGUGGGUAUGGCUGUCCGAGAGGAAAUCUGUCGAUGACAGACGUCGAGCGGGCGGAUCUGCACCGUGGACAGAAGACCAGAUACUGCAAAAGUACAAGUUCUGCAAUGCCUAUCGCGUGCUCGACCGAACCUCUCAAUUCGUCGUCACGGAUGUCAUCGAGAAGGGCUCCCCUGACCGAACGGAAACGCUCUUCCGUAUCCUGCUCUUCAACUGCUUCAAC